UUCUACGACACAGGCAGACGGAGCUUUCUUGUUCUUCGGAGGCCGACUUUUCUGGGCGCUGGCUUCAUUGAUGCGCGUUUGCUGGAAUGUUGUUGAAAGAUGAGGCAGCCGUGUGCGAAUGUUGCAGAACACCGGUAGAGGACUACUUGCCUUGCUGUUGAUGGUGUUGGAGUGGACCUGCCCAAGCCUACCAUCCCCGCUGAGGCCCAUCUGCGACCUGAGGGUGCUGAACCAUUUCAUCAAGGAAGCGCAAGACGCCGAAGUCGCCAUGAAGUCAUGCCGGGAUGGAUGCACCCUGUCCCAGUCUGUCAGCAUUCCCCAAACCGGAGUAGAUUUUGAUGUCUGGGAGAGGAAAAAUGCCAUGGAGAAAGCCCAGGAAGUGCAGUGCGGCUUGUGGCUUCUGCAGCAGGCGCUCAGCUUGCUGCGCAACUCGGUCACCAACACGGCCUUGCACGGCCCCAUCGACAACUUGCUGAGGAACGUGCUCAGCAUCAACGCCGUGCUGCGCAGCCUUAACAUUCCGGAAUACGCGCCCCCCGCGAGCUCAGCGGGCCUGGAGAACACAUGGCGAGCGUCCACCGCGGCCAACUUGCUCCAAGCGCACGUCAACUUCCUGCGAGGCAAAGUGCGCCUCCUCCUCGCGGACGCGCAGGCCUGUCAGCAAGAGGUCAGCUGAUCGGGCCGCCACCAACUCCAGGCUUUAGCCGCUUUGUGCUGGCAAGGCGAGAGAAAGGCCUCCCCUACGAUGACCGACUUGCUAGCUGCUGGAAGUGGUGUGGAAUGAAGGGGGGGGAAGAAAAAAAAAAAAAAAAAAAGAAAACAACCAAAAACAAAGCACAAAACCACAACCAUUUUUUUUUUUUUUUUCAAACUAAGUAAGGGCAAAGAACAGUCACAGCUGGAGAGAAUCGCACCUUGAAAUGUCACGUGGACAUGCUGACCAAAAUAAGACUUUUUGGAAGAAGCACUUUGUUUGUGUCAAUGCAGUGGCGCGUGUGCCAGUCGGGACUGCACGUGGGUGUGUUUGUCUCUUCCCAGACAGUUUAACCUUUUCAAAGUGAAAUACGGAACGGGACCCUGAGUAAUAUUGAUUACCAACCAAAACAUGACCGACGCCUUCACACAUUGCUGAGCCGUGACGUUGUGUCUAGUGUUUUAUAUUUGUACUCUGUGACCAGGUUGCAUUUUUAUUUUUUUUUGUAAACAUUGCGUAAUAAUUAUUUAUACAGAUUUUCUACUUUUUAGCUGCGUAUUUUUCCAGUGUUCAUCUUUUGUGUGGCCAACAGAUGUUUGGGAAAGCCACUGUUGGCUUUGUGUUGUCACGUUUCCAAAGAGAGGAUGCAGUGAGCGUGGGGGGGUGGGGUCAGCCAGAGGUCAAUCAGACAUGAGAACUGUGAAGCUGCUCAGUCAUUAUCUGUCCAUAAAAAACAAUCAACGAGAGCCUGCGCAGUGAUAGCAUGCUAGAAGAAACAAAAACAUCCUGCAAAUUAACCGUUUUCGACGAGCGUGAAAGCAAUCUUGCCUCGGAAUCUGCGUCAUUUGGACAAAAUAGACGUUCAACUUUUCCAGACCAGUCUUUUCUUUCUUGUUGUUUUCAUUUUUUUUCUUUUUUUUUGUACUUGUUGCGUAAGUGCAAGAUGCUUUUGAGGAUGUUUGCACAUGUUCUCCUUUCCUGUUUUCACAUUACGAGUCCAAUCACUGUAUACGUUGCUAUUUAAAUACAAAACAUUAUUCUUGGAUAAAGAAAUGAUCGUAAACAA